UCAGAGUAUACUAUACUAUACUAUAACAGUGAUCAAUGGAGGGAAAUUCAAGUUCCAAGCCAUUAUUGGGGAAUCAGAACCAUGAUAUGAACUCUUUUAACUCACUUACAACAGCUUUCUUGUCCAAGUUGCCUGAUAAAGUCCAUUCUUUGAUCCUCCACACUGACUCUUCCUUUGACUUUGAUCCUCAUGUCUCAAAAUCCACUAACUUAAGCCAAGGAGAGAAAGAAUACUAUGACAGACAAUUUGCUACUCUAAAAUCAUUUGAGGAAGUUGACUCCAUAGUAACAUCGGACUCCAUUGAUGUAGAAGACAUAGAAAAACAGGCUCAACAUGAACGGGCGAUGAAGAUUUCUAACUACGCAAAUGCAGUUUUAUUGGCAUUGAAGAUAUAUGUGACAAUUAGGACUGGAUCUAUGGCUAUUGCUGCUUCAACAUUGGAUUCUUUGCUUGACUUCAUGGCUGGUGGCAUACUUUGGUUCACUCACCUUUCAAUGAAGAACAUAAAUAAGUACAAAUACCCUAUUGGAAAGUUGAGAAUGCAGCCGGUGGGAAUAAUCAUCUUUGCAGCUGUCAUGGCAACACUUGGCUUUCAGGUAUUAAUGACUGCUGUAGAACAACUGAUAGAAAACAAUCCUUCUGAAAAAAUGUCUUAUGAACAACUAGUAUGGUUGUACUGCAUUAUGAUAUUUGCAACCGUGGUGAAGCUUGCGCUUUGGUUUUACUGUAGAAGCUCAGGAAACAAGAUUGUGCUUGCCUAUGCAGAUGAUCAUCACUUUGAUGUUGUAACAAAUGUGGUUGGAUUAGUUGCAGCUGUUCUUGGUGAUAAAUUUUACUGGUGGAUUGACCCUAUUGGUGCUAUUUUACUUGCAAUUUACACUAUUUCAAAUUGGUCUGGUACUGUUAUGGAAAAUGCAGUUUCACUUGUGGGACAAUCUGCACCUCCUGAAGUUCUGCAGAAGCUGACAUAUCUUGUCAUAAUGCAUUCUCAAAUUAAGCGAAUUGAUACUGUUCGCGCUUACUCGUUUGGAGUUCUAUACUUUGUAGAGAUUGACAUUGAACUGCCAGAGGAUUUGCCCUUAAAAGAAGCACAUAUCAUUGGCGAGAGUUUGCAGAUAAAGCUCGAGAAACUUCCAGAAGUUGAGCGAGCAUUUGUUCAUCUAGAUUUCGAAUGCGAGCACAAACCAGAACACUCAGUUCUUAGUAAACUACCAGACAGUCAGCCUUAAGUGCAUUAUUUGAUUCGAGUUUGAAGUCUAUGUAUGACGAGUGUGAAUUUCUAUACCUUAACCUUCAUUUAUGAUUUUUUUCCAUAAAAAAAGAUCAGUUUGAAGUAUUAAAGUUGUACUCAUAUACUGAAAUGUCAGUCUAUUUAUAUCUAUACGUGAAAUUCACAUAAGAUCAAAUACAUAUCUAUAUCUCAAACUCACACAUGAUCCUUAAAUUAUGUUACUGAAAUUUAACAAGUUGGCAUCAUUUAAGAAACAAAAUUAUCGAUAUACUAGACAAGAAAACGAAAACUUUUUCUAUUGAAGAGACAUAAUUGUAUCCCUCUUUUGUUGUGUAUGUUAAGGAUUUGGAUUAUGUGCAGUCACUAACUGCAUGCAUUCACGGCUUCCUGGCUGUGAUCAAGAUUCAAGAUCAGACUGAAACGUCACGUUGUAAGGACUUCGUCACAAGUUGUGGUGAUUGGGAUGUGGUUAAUCUAAGACAGCAGCUGUCUCAACCAGUGAUUGAUAUUUGAUACUAUCCUUUCAAUUUCUCCUUCUCGCAGUCCAGAUGAGCAAAGAUUUAAUCGCUUGACGCUUGGAAAGGUGAAAAUGAUGGAAAAUUUUCUACUGCUUAAGCCUAUAGGUCUCCAUUACCAGUGACAUGUUUGACAUCUAAUUAAGUUAUCAUUCUGACUUAGCGUUGGAGGAACCCGAAAGGAUCAAGUUACUGUUGUGUAAGAUUGGGCGUGGAAUUCUAAUGAUGAAUGUUAACAGAAAUGUCGAGCAACAACUGAUAAUGACUAAUCACUUAUGCCCUGUCUGCAAUUUGGAACCCGAGACUAUGUUUCAUGCUUUUAGAGAUUGCAAACGGAAUAUGCAUGUUUGGAGUUUCUAAUCACUGACUGUAAUCUAAUAAUCUUGUAAUGCAAUUCCAGUAUCUUGUGGAAGACAUCAAAGGGUGAUACAAGCUGGAUUGGGGGCUAUGUAAUGCAUUGUUCUUCUCUUAUAUAUGAGGGUUAAUAAUAAUAUAUAUU